UAUUCAGCAUCGCAUUUAUAGUAUAGUCUUAUAGUUUUAUCCUAUAAGUAUACUAUAUUUAAUAUAUACACAUCCCGCACACCCAUAAUAUACAAAUAUAAUUACAUAUAUCCCGCAUUCCGUUAUAUUUUAUAUAGUAAUCUAUGCAACACUUAUAACCGUGUUUUCGCUGCAUACCUACAUUGCAUUUUUAUUUCGUUACGGUCCGCUUACGCUGUCUAUUGACAGGUCACUUUGUAUAAUUACCUAUAGUUAUAUUGCAUUAAAUCAUUAUGUCUCGUAAAGACAAAGAUGCGCCUACCUUUUCACCUAGUCGUCAACUUAUUAUGUUAGAAGCUAAACGUAAUGCUUUAUUUCAACGAAUACAAGGUAUUUACGAUAAGUCGAAGUUGGCUACUGAAUCGGAAGAAAAAAGACGUAUGUUUCUUAGUUCAUGUAUAACCAUCGAUGACGUUCGUAAUAAGUUUCAAGACGUACUCGAUGAAUAUAAUGAGAAGAUGCUUGAUGAAAAUCCUUCUGCUGUACCUAAUUUUCAUGUAUAUGACUCAUUUGAGGAUAUGUUUUGUUCAAUUAAACAGACAUUUUCUGAUCUUUCUUCUGCGCCCACGGGCGGGAACUCGAGUGGGAUAGAUGCACCUGUAUCUAGGCCCAGGCUCCCCCCCCUGGAAUUAGUCGGCUUCAGUGGGAAUUAUCAGGAUUGGAAUUUAUUUUACGCCAGUUACAAAUCUACUGUACACGACAACUCCUCACUUACAAACGCAGAAAAACUGUAUUAUUUACUGGGCAAGUUAUCACCCAAGGUACAAUCGGUAUUUGCAGGUAUUACACCCUGCGCCGAAAACUAUGAAAUUAUAUUUAAGUCUCUGCUUGAUAAGUAUCAAGAUAUUCACGUUCUCGGUUCUAAUUACUUAGACCAGAUUUUAAAUCUUAAAUUAGGCAACAUGCCUUCCGCCGCAAGCUUUCAAUUAUUUAUAGAUAAUUAUGUCACCGCCGCUAUGUCGUUAAAGGGUUUAGGUAUAGAAAAUUUAUCUGAUUUCAUUUUAUUAUAUAUUGCGAAACGUAAAUUCGAUUCAGAAACAUUACGCGCGUUCGAAUUACACUCUUCUAUAACAAAAUCACGGGAUUUUGACGGAUUUAUUAAUUUUAUAAAAACGCAAUGCCGUAUUUAUGAAAAUACACAACCCGCGCCCGCCACCAGUACAAAGUUAAAUAAAUACCGCCCGCCUUCUAAUAAGUAUCCAAACCCGCAGUCUUAUGUUUCAAGUGUAACACCUAUAAAAUGUUCACUUUGUAAUAGUAAUAUGCAUGAUCAUUUUUAUAAAUGUAGUGCAUUCGAAAAAUUGUCACCUUUAGAUCGUUAUAAACAUAUUAAAGUCAACAAUUCAUGUGUAAAUUGUUUAAGUACCAAACAUAAGUCAGGUGUUUGUACAUCAAAAUCUUCGUGUCGUGUAUGUCAAAAGCGUCAUCAUACUUUGCUACACUUUGCCACGGAGCGGAGCUCGCGGCCCACGCACGAAUCGUCCGCGCCCGCGCCCGCGCCCUCUAGUUGCAUCGCUUCACCCCUGUCCCCGUCACACAGCGGCGCGGCCGUAGCCGCGCAGAGUAAUCUGUCGCUUUGUACGGUCAGUAACGAAACCGUGUUACUAGCGACCGCACAGGUUAUUGUGUAUGACGCAUUAGGUAAACAACACUUAGUUCGAUGUUUAUUGGACAGUGCGUCCCAAAGUAAUUUUAUUACUUAUGAAUGUUGUGACCGCUUAGGUUUAUUAAAUGAAUUAAAAUAUUCAUCCACGAUGGUAAAGGGUAUCGGUGGCUCACAAAAAACCGUUAAGGGUUCAGUAGAAUUUAAUAUAUUUUCUCGUUUUAAUUUAAAUGUUAACUUUAAUAUUUCCGCGCUUGUUGUUGACCGUAUUACGGACAGUUUGCCUUCCGUUACUGUCAAUACCGCCGCAUUUUCACACAUUAAAAACCUACCGCUGGCAGACGGCGAGUUUGCCAUUCCUAGUAACAUAGACGUACUUAUAGGUAGUUCUAUAUUCCCGCACUUGCUAUUGCCGGGUAUUGUGCAUAGCAAGCACCGUAAUAUUCCGCCCGCGAUACAAACCGUUUUAGGGUUUGUAGUUAUGGGUUCCGUACCCACUUUUAAUUCCGAAUCGCCUAAUUCCGCAUUAUUAAAUACCGCAUAUACAACCUCGUGUUGUUCCGUGAUUCAUGAUCGCAUGGACACUCUCUUCCAACGUUUUUGGGAAUUGGAGGAGAUAACCGCGCCGCCCGCUCAGAGUGCCGAUGACCUCGAGUGUGAACAUUAUUUUCGCGCCACCACUACUCGUGAUGAUAGUGGUAGAUAUAUCGUAUCCUUGCCGUUUCGCGAGGACAUGUUCUCCUUAGGCGACUCAUUCGCUGCCGCACAUAGACGUUAUUUAUGUUUAGAACGUAAGUUGGAAGCCUCACCUCAUUUUCGUUUUACUUAUAAUGAAGUAAUUCGCACCUAUAUUGAUAAGGGCUAUUUAAGUCCAGUCAAAUCGCAUCAAGAUGAUUCACUUCUACCCUCGUACUACAUUCCACAUCACGGAGUGCUACGAGAGGAUAAGGUCACCACUAAAUUGCGCGUGGUUUUAGAUGCUAGUUGUAAAACGACAUCUGGUCGUUCGUUAAAUGAUAUAUUGCAUAGUGGUGCCAACCUACAGGGUGAUUUAUUUUGUAUUUUAAUUAAUUUUCGUCUUUUUAAAAUUUGUAUAUCCGCAGACUGUUGUCAAAUGUUUCAUCAAAUAGUUGUACGCGAACCUGAUCGUAGGUUUCAGCGAAUUUUGUACCGCUUCAGCACAGAUGAUCCUGUGACUGAAUAUGAAUUUAAUCGUGUAUGCUUCGGACUGAGGUCGAGUCCAUUUCACGCGCUCCGUGUUGUUCACCAACUAGUUGAAGAUGAAGGGGAUAAAUUCCCUGCUGCUGCCGCUGUUGCUUCGUCUGCACUAUAUAUGGAUGAUAUUGUAUCUUCUGUUAUGACAGAUGAACAGGCUAUUACCAUUAGUAACGAGCUCAUUGCACUUUUUAAAAUAGCUCAGUUUGAUCUUGUAAAGUGGACGAGCAACUCCAGCGACGUGCUUGCUCACAUUCCGGAUACACACAAAACCCUCAGUGACAAAUCAUUUGAUAAUUCCACCUCGCACAAGAUCUUAGGUCUAUUUUGGGAUAAAUCUAAUGAUUCUUUUAGGUUCGAAGUAAUCACGCCAGACGCUAUAUGUACUAAGCGCGCUAUUCUCUCCGCUGUAGCCCGUUUAUGGGACAUUUUAGGUUUCGUGGCUCCCACUAUUUUGUACGCCAAGCUCCUUAUUAAGGAACUCUGGUUGUUAAAAUGUGAUUGGGAUGCUCAACCCCCGCAUCAUAUCAUCGCAGCCUGGAGACAGUUCUGUUUAGAACUGCCUUCGCUUAAUAGGCUUCGCAUACCGCGACACCUAGGAGUGGUUGAGGAUUGUCAAUUGAAUAUUUUAGGAUUUGCUGACGCUAGUGAACGUGCUUAUGGCGGUGUAGUCUACCUACACAUUCGGGUUGAUAAUAAAUAUUUUGUUCAAUUAUUAUGCGCCAAGUCAAAGGUCUCGCCUGUAAAAAUUGUAUCCAUCGCGAGAUUAGAAUUAUGCGCAGCCGUAUUACUCGCAAAACUACUUCGUAAGGUUGCUGAUACCAUCGCACCACGGUAUCCUGUAAAUAAAAUAUACGCUUUUAGUGAUUCGAAAGUGGCUCUUUGUUGGAUCCACUCUUCUCCGCACCGCUGGCAAACUUUCGUUGCCAAUCGGGUAGUACAAAUUAUCGAUAACGUCCCGGCAGACUGUUUCUAUCACGUUGCUGGUUCCGACAAUCCUGCAGACUGCCUUUCUCGUGGUCUCACGCCAGACAAGCUAGUAAACCAUCCGCUAUGGUACACCGGACCUUCAUGGGUUUUAAGUAACCCGGCCGAGUGGCCACUUGUUGUCAAUCACGACUUAUCGAAUGAAGACAUUCCCGAACAACGGACUGUUAUACACACAUUCAUUUCAAAUACCUCUGAAUCACUACUUUACGCGCUAUCUCAACGCCUUUCAGGAUAUUCAAAAUUUUUACGGACUAUUGUUUACAUUUAUAAAUUUAUUAAACGCCUUCCUCGUAAUAUCGUUAUUACGAGUGAAGACUUAGACUUUGCUGAAAUCAAAUUAAUUCGCGCCGUGCAAGAAGUUUAUUUUGCACAUGAAUUUAAUAAUUUAAAAAAUAAUAAAUAUUGUUCUUCCGCUUUAAACAAGCUCCGACCAUUUAUAGACAAGGACGAUGUCAUUCGCGUCGGUGGUCGCUUGUCAAGUUCCGCUGAGGAUUACUGUACUAAGUAUCCUCUACUUUUACCGCGUCGCGAUCAUGUUAUCGAUAUUCUUAUUGAUUUUUAUCAUAAGAAGCAUCUUCAUGCUGGACCAGAGCUACUUAUGUCCUUACUCAGGCAGAAGUACUGGAUCCAGUCCGCUCGCCGCUUAAUACGUUAUCGCAUUCAUAAAUGUAACGCUUGUUUUAAAAUAAAACCGCGCCCUACGUUUCCACUUAUGGCCGAUCUACCGAGCCACCGCGUCACUCAAGUUGAUAAGGCAUUUACGCAUGUAGGCUGUGACUAUGCCGGUCCCUUACAGUAUACACCUAUUCGUGGUCGGGGAGUUAAAAGCCGCAAAGCAUGGCUAUGUAUUUUCACGUGUUUGACAACCCGUGCUACUCAUAUUGAAGUUGCUACUGAUUUAAGCACGGUUAGUUUCUUAUCCGCACUUAAACGAUUCUUAUCUCGCCGAGGCCCAAUAAACUGUUUAUAUACGGAUAAUGGGACAUGUUUCGUAGGUGCUCGCAAGUAUCUUCGCGAUUUAUAUAAAUUUCUUGAUGAAUAUCGCCCGCAUUUAGAAUUAGAACUUUCAGAAAAUCGCAUAAAUAUGAAAUUCAUUCCUCCCGCUGCUCCCCACUUCGGUGGAAGUUGGGAAAGCAUCGUAAAAAUUGUUAAAAAUAAUUUGUUUAAAGUGAUAGGAUCACAAAUUCUCUCUUAUGAGGAACUUAUAACAGUGCUUUCUCAGGUUGAGGCACUUAUUAAUUCGCGUCCACUCACAGCUAGAAGUAGUGACCCCGCUGAGCCGUCUGCUCUUACGCCGGCUCAUUUUUUAAACACUGUCCCUCUUUCAUCCAUCCCAGCGCCAGAAGCUAGCACGCACGAUUUAAAUCAACGCCAUUCCCUUUUGGAUAGCAUUGUACAGUCUUUCUGGCGCCGGUGGCGAAUGGAGUAUCUGCAUCAAUUGCAGACACGCGCUAAAUGGAAUCUUCCAUCAGUUCCCAUUAAAGAGGGUACUGUUGUUAUUAUAGUAAUAGACAACGCACCGCCCUUUUCAUGGCCAUUAGCUGUCGUUGAAAAGGUACAUCCUUCUAAAGACGGAACCACGCGAGUGGUCACUGUUAGGACGUCAAAGGGUAGCUACCUUCGCCCGGUAGUUCGUUUGUGCCCAUUGCCGCAUCAAUAG